AUGUCUGCCACUUCGGGAGUCAACGUGCUCCGGUACUCGGCACUCGCAUUUGGCGUUUUCUACGGUUUCUCCCACCAGCGAACCAUUACCUCCACGCAAAAGGCCGCCGCUGCACAGAAGGAAUACGAGCACAAGAAGCAAUUAAUAGAGCAGGCGAGAGCCAAGUACGCCGAAUCGAAGAACCCGACUCCCAAGUCUGCCGAGCAGAGUGGACUAAACCAAGACCCCAUGGACCCGAAUUUCGAUCUCGAAGCCUACUUCAACGCUCUGAUUGCGCAGAAGCCGUAA